CUCUUGCUCCAGGAAUCAAGUGACACUUGAGCAACUGCUGACUUACAGGACCUUCUGUGAUCCCUCUCAGCUCCAAGCAGCUCACACUGAUCAGAUACCCCAUGCAGAAAACACCUAAGCUUGGCAUGAACUAAAUAAGUUAAAAUACAAACUGCCAAGGAACCUUAUCUUGGGGCAUUGCUCCCUUUUAACACCCAAAGCAAAAAGGGAUUCAGAUAUUAACAGAUGCGUGCGAUCAAAUUAACAUUAUAAAUAAUAACAUCAUGCUCAUGAGGGGCUUCCCCUUUUCUCUGAUAGAUAUUGUCCCUUGAUGGAAGACCAGAGAAAUAGGGGUUGUUUGUUUGCUUCUGUUUGUUCUGCACUUUUUUUGUUUUCACAUUAACACAGAGGACUAUCUUCUAGGAACCACAGCCGACGUGUGGAGAGCAGCAGCGUGGGCUUGUUAUAAAAUGGAGGUGCUUCUUCCAGUUACUAAUAGGGCUUCCUUUGGAAAGCCCCUUUUGUUGUAUUUCAAAUCAAAACAGGCAAAGUCUGACAUUAAUGCAUUCAGCUGGAAGUGCAGGCUGGGAUGUUCCCAUGAAACAACCUCUUCAUUGUUAUUCUUUUAUUACAGACCCGAGGCAGCACUGUGUGAGGUACCAGCCUUUCUGAAAAAACAGCAGCAACAAUAAGCCCUUUCCACUUCCCAUCCUUUUAAAUAUCUGGUUCAAUCAAGAGCUUGAGAAUAAGAAAUUGAAGGAAAAAUGGCAGCUGGAAGCCUGGUUUCACUUUAGACGUGGCAGAUAAGAAGGCUUCAUGACACAUUCAAUCAACUGAAAUCUUUCCAGGCACCAGAGCACAAACCAUCCAGAGUGACAAAUGAAAGUGAGCAAAAUGCUGGAAUGGCUCUGGACUGAAUGAACAGACAGGGAGCAAGGCUGGGCUGGAGCCUGGAAGGAUCUCAGCUUCCAGAAGGAGCAACCUGGCUGUGCCACCUGCAAUGCUGGGAGCCAGGGACAUCUAACACCACCUCAGAUGGCUGCCUGCAGCCUGGCACUGGCACUGCAGCUCCUGCUGCUUCUCCAGGACAUCCAGACAUCCCUGCAGACAUCAUUAACCCCAUCUCAUUCCUGUGACACACGUGGGAAUUGGUUCUAUGAUGAAACUUCACAAAGCUGCUGUUACCACUGUCCCUCAGGCUCUGUUAAAAAGAAAGCUUGUCCUGAGAACCCAGCUGCAGACUGCAUGAGGUGUGGGCCUGGGCAAUUUGUGAACACACAACGCCAGAAGCCACAAUGUGAUGCCUGUGUCUUAUGCAGAAAAGAAUUCGACCUUGUGGAGAAGGAGCCCUGCUCCUUCAACUCCAGCAGUGUCUGCGAGUGCAGGCCGGGCCUGUUCUGCCAAGAAUCCCUCCCUUACACCUGCGCCCGGUGCCGGCCCCACACCCCCUGCCAGCCCGGCUUUGGGGUCCGGGUCAGAGGCACCUCAACACGUGAUGUCACUUGUGAAGAGUGCCCUGCUGGGACCUUCUCUGACCAAAGCUCCAGCACUGACACCUGCAAGCCCCACACGGAAUGUGCCAAGUUAAACAAAGUGGCACUAAGCCAAGGAAAUGCCACACAUGAUCAGGUUUGCCUGGACCAAUUGCCCACCUACCUCACCCAAAGCCCUUUGUCCACAAGAUUCAGCAAUGAAACAAAUCACUCUGACCCAAGGAGGCUUGAGGAGAGCCUGGUGACCAUUGCUAGUGGUGACCUUCUGAGUGCCACGACAACUGAAAACCCCAGUUCAACUCCUGAGGAGAAAGAUCUGACUGGCAUUUUUCCCACCUCAGCCAAGGGGGAGAUGACAAUGGGAGGUGUAGUGCUUUGGGCAGUGGUUCUCUGUGUGAUAGUGCUCCUUGGGGCCAUGCUGUUUUUUUGGAAAUGGAAGGUUUGCAAGAAGCGGAUCCUCGUCCUCAAAGGAAAGCCCCAUCUGCAUUCUGUCAUCGCACACAAAUACGGCCUCAAAUCACCAGGUUCUGACCUAGGGCACAAAUGUGAAAAGGACCCCCUGACCACCGAGACUGGGACAGAAGAGAAGGAGUUAAUAGGCAGAACCCUCCCUUUGGAAACCAACAAUAACUUGGUCUCCAGCACAGAAAAAGCACAGAGUCCCCAUCGGGGUGUGGCUGAGGUGACACCCAGCAGUGGGAAUGGCCCAGAUUGUCCUGUGGAUUCUCGAGUCAGAGACCACACAAACAACAGAAUUGAAAAGCUCUACAUCAUGAAGGCCGACACUGUUAUCGUGGGGUCCGUUGCAGAAGUGGCCGGUGGCAAAAACUGCGCUGCCAGAGGAUGUGAAAGCAACGUUGAUGCCCAGGAAACCAUGGAAGAGGAGCUGGGAAUGCACUACCCAGAGCAGGAAACAGAGUCCUUUCCAGGGAAUGAUGUAAUGGUUCCUGUGGAAGAGGAGGGAAAGGAAUUCCACCACCCCACCACUGCCACAGAAAAGUGACAACCCAUGGAGGUGAUGAGCUACAGGAACAUCCAGUGUUACACUAAGUCUGAUUCUGUGACAAGUGCCUUGGGUUGUUGGGAAACUCCUGGAAAACACUGAAACACACUCAAACAAGGAGAGCUAGAACCUCCUUCAUCUACCAAAUGACAGGAUUAUCCAAACUGCUGGCCUUCAUAGCUGACGUCAAAUAUUCCUCUUUCCCUCUCUCUCCCAAUAUUAUGCUGGAAACAAAUUUGAAUCAAACCUGCACAAUUUAGAGGACAUCUGGAUGUCAGCUGAAGUUUCACAGCUUGCUUUCUCUGCAUGAAGGAAUGAAUUGAAAUCUAUGUCUGGCUACUUCUAUUAGCUAUGAAAAUUCUGGCCAGGAUUCCAAGUCAAGCUUGAGGUUCAGCCAUGAAUAUUGUUGAAUAGGUUGUUUUACUUCAAGUACUUCCAAAUUUGUCACAUAUUUUGCAACAUCUGGCAUUUUCUUAAGGCCUACACUCUUGCCUGGAAGUGAUGACAACUUCAGUUUUCCCUAGCACAAACAACUCUCAGGAUUGUGGACUUCAUGUUUUUUGAGGAAAUAGGAUCAAAAAGUGCCACACAGGCUCAGAAAACAGAAGGCAAAUAAAACUAAUUGAAGUCCACUGUACUUCAGGCCAUUCUUUCUAGGUUUUGAAGCCUGAUUCAUGAUUUUGACUACUUCAAAUCAUCACUAAGUGUAAGAAACGGCCUCUUCUGAGGGAAACUCGCUGAAUAUUUGGUUAUUGGAUGAACUACGGGUUUAACCCGGUGUGGAGCCUGUAAAAAGGGAAAUGAAGAAAAACUAUUUUUCUACAGAAAGAAAAGACUGAAAAAGAGGCACAGCAAUUAUUUCCUAUAAAAUUGUUAAUAUCUACUUGGUUUAGAAUUGUUCAUCAUCAUCAGGGUGACACUGAUUUGCAUAUGCUUUAAAAACAAAGCUGUUUUGUGGUUGACUGGCUUGUGUUAGGCUAUUUUUGAAUCUUUCAUGCUGCUUGUUCAGUAACUGUAAAUGUAAUAGUGCUGACUAUACUUUUGCAGAGGACAAUGGAAAAUGAGCAAGAUGAUGAAGUGUGUCUUAAUAGUCAAAAAAAGGAACCACAAAAACCAUUGCUUGCUUUGCAGUUUUGCCCUGGAUGAAGUACUGUAAAAACAGCUGUGCAGCUGCAGUGACUUCUCUUAGAACACACAAAAGGAAGAUAAGGGCAUAAAAACACCUUCUUGGGCCGGUCUAGGAGUAUGAGCCCAACAUUUUAUCUCUGGCAGUUGCAGUCAGGGAUGUCAGUUAGGAGGAGCACAUCAGCCUGGCUAAUAUCUGCUGGCUAAUAUUCCUCACAGUUCUGCAGCAGCAGCUGGAAUUGGAUCAGGAUGUCCAGGAGUUUGUCUGAGGCUUUACAAUUCAUUCAUAUUGCCACUAGUUUUUCUUCCCUCUUUUGAAUUUCCUGGUACAAUCUUUCCUCCAUAAGCACCUGUGGCAACAAAUUACAGAUACCAUGCUCUGUGUAAAGGACUUUUAACACUUUUAAACUGGCCUUUUUAUUUCAGUGAAUGCCACUAGUUCUUGUCUUACAGAAGUCAGUGGCUUGUGUUUGUUGUUUUGUGGUUUUUGUUUGUUUGUUGGUUUGGUUUUUUGCAACGGAGUUGCUUUUGUGAUUCUUGAUUUUGUGAUUUAUCCUCCUCAGCCUCCAAGCCGAAUUCCCAUCUCCUCAUAUUUCUCAUGUAACUCAGAUGCUCCACUGCCUUGGUCACUUCAGUUGACUUCUUCCACAUCUACUUUAACUUCACUACAUACUUCAUUUUAGAAAACACCAAUUUGUGAACCGACAAACUGAAUAACCACUUUCACCUGGCUGUGGUUGUUCAGGGCUGUUCUGCAAUUACAGCUAAUUGUACCUCUCAGCUCUGUAUAGAAAUUAAUUUUUUUACUGGAACAGCUUUCUAGAUGAACCGUAUGCAUUGCAACCUGCUGGAUGUGUAAUAGUUGGUUUGUUUAACAGUGCUGGUAAUCUCUGAAUUAAAAGUUACAUGGAUUUUAA